UCCCUUUUCUACAGAGUAGAGAUAAUUGCGACCUCAUUAUAUAAAGUUAAAUAUUAAAUGAAGUAAUCGAUCGCUUGAGAUAAUUCCAUGGAGAGCUAAAUGUUCAGGUAAGAGAGAGAAUUUAAACUCAGGUGUGUGUGUGUGUGACAGAGAGAUGACACUGGGGCUGAUCAAUGCGAAUCCUGUGGUUCACGCGAAGAAGGAGAGGAUCGCCCGACCUGAGUUUGAUCUCCACUCCUCCACUGAUGACUCUGUUGAUCCUCUUGAUAUCUAUGAUUUUGUAAGGGAUAUUAGAGAUCCAGAGCAUCCUUACUCAUUGGAACAACUCAGCGUUCUCUCCGAGGAAUCAAUUACCGUCGAUGAGAAACUUGGACGUAUUCUGAUAACUUUCACUCCGACGGUGCAACAUUGUAGUAUGGCCACAGUUAUUGGUUUGUGUCUGCGGGUUAAGCUGAUGCGCUGUUUCCCACCACAUUUCAAGGUUGAUAUCAAUGUGGCCCCUGGAUCUCUUGCAGAUGAAGAUUCAGUAAAUAAACAACUGAAUGAUAAAGAGAGAGUUGCUGCUGCCCUAGAGAAUCCCAACCUUCGUCAACUUGUGGAUGAAUGCCUCCAGUCUAAUGAACUCUAAUAAUCUCAUCCAUGCAAGCCUGCUCCUUGCAGGACUUCUUGUACAGUGACGACUGUUUGCUUUGCUAUCUGUAGGUGUACGUAUCUGAGAUGAAACUAUGGACCUUCUCAGCCAUGGGUGGGCUGAAAGGAUUCAACUGAAAGGGACCUGUUAUCAUGUUCCUUUUGUAUAUUUUUGUGUUUCUUAUGUGUUUCUAGUUAUAGAGAGAAUAGGGGUGAGAUCUUGAUCGAUGAGGACAAUGUGUUGUGUCUGUUUUAUUCGUAUCUCGACAUGGUAUAUCUUACCUGUGAACAACCUCUUUUCCAUUAUAUCUCUUUUCUGGCAUGGUUUCAUGAACAGGGCUGUUA